UUCCCGUUUUCAACUGGUCGUUCAGUACAGUACUGUUUCCGUUCAAUUGAACGUUCCAGAACGUAAAAGCGUAGUUACUGAACGCAGCCCUGCAGACAUUUGCUAGUGUUGUUGAGAGAAAGCGAGGAAUGUUGAAAUAUUUCGUUCGAUGGACAAACUGAAAAGGCAGAAGAUAUAGUUAGAAUAGCUUGCCUCAUCGAAGUAAAGUAUCGAGCUAGCCAAGGAAUAACGUUACAAAAAUGUCUUCGCCAAGUCCAGGCAAGAGGCGAAUGGAUACCGACGUGGUGAAACUCAUCGAGAGCAAGCAUGAGGUAACCAUCCUCAGCGGACUCAAUGAGUUUGUGGUCAAGUUCUACGGCCCACAAGGAACACCGUAUGAAGGAGGUGUAUGGAAGGUGCGAGUAGACCUACCAGACAAAUACCCCUUCAAGUCUCCAUCUAUAGGAUUCAUUAAUAAAAUCUUUCAUCCCAACAUUGAUGAAGCGUCAGGGACGGUGUGUCUAGAUGUCAUCAACCAGACGUGGACAGCCCUGUAUGACCUGACCAACAUCUUUGAGUCAUUCCUGCCCCAGUUGUUAGCCUACCCCAACCCCAUCGACCCUCUCAACGGAGACGCUGCCGCCAUGUACCUGCACCGGCCAGAGGACUACAAACACAAGAUCAAAGAGUAUCUCCAAAAGUAUGCGACAGAGGAGGCUCUAAAGGAGCAGGAGGAGGGAGGUGACUCCUCAUCUGAGAGUUCCAUGUCUGACUUCUCUGAGGAUGAGGCUCAGGACAUGGAGUUGUAGUGAAGGGCUGGCAACCGCCCUCCCCUCACCCACACGGACUAUCAUUUCCUAAAGAGCAGAAGCAAACUAUUAUAUUCAUAUUUAAACAAGGCAAUUGUUUUAUUACUAAACAAACAAUGAUUUUUAUGGAUUAUAUUUAUGAGAAGUGGCGGUGUGAAAUGUCAGUCUCCCCCUCGUCUAGAUAUUCUUUAUUACUUACUCAUAGCCCUCUACCAACACCACCCCACCCACAUUAUUACCCCCUUCUACCCAGAAAGGAGUGCAGCAUUCCCAGGAUCCUAGAUGCCCUCCUGCGGUCUGGGUGAUAUUCUGAUUAACCUUUGACCCAACCAUGAUGGAACCGACGAUGGGGCGAGAGCAGAGCAUCAUGGGAAUACGAGACUGUCAGACUUUCGCUGUCAUGACGGAGACAGGGAUGGAAUGUUUACUCAGUACCCCCCCCCCCCCCCCCUCCCCACCACAUUUAAUAUUUUUAAUUCUCAGAAUUAUUCUGUAUUUGGUGAGUGAAACACUGUUUCAACAGUUACAGCUUUUUUCCCCCUCCCCAUGCUCUACCAGAAGCUCUCUGUCUCUAGUGCAUGGCCCCCUCUCUCUGGAGUUAUUACCACAAUAAGGAAUUACACAAUUUUGAAAGUAAUUUUCUGCCUUCCUUUGGAUGGGGUUGGAAGCUACCAUCAGGAACAGGAUCACUCCUUCCUGAGGAUCAGUUGGUGGUUUUCAUCCAGAUCCACCUAUCCAAUAUGGCUGUUGUUGACCCAUCUUUCAGGCCUUGCCCCAGAGGCCAGUAUGCAAGCCUAUCAACCCACCACACCCUGGUUGUCAUAGAAACUGUUCUGUAAACAUGCCUUUCACCCCGUAGACAGGAGCACCAGCUCACCAACCAAAGACAACCUACCACACCACUUAACACCUGAGAGGGGGGAUGUGUGUGUGUGUGUGUGAGAGAGAGUGAGAGAACCUCAUGUUGUUAGACCCAACUGACCCAGGUGGAAUUGAAACAGACUACUAGAGCCAUAGUAGUUUCUCAUCUCUGACAACCCUAACACACACAGCAUGACACGCUGUUGUUGCUCUGGAUGAGAGAACCACAGAGAUGAACUACUAUCAACCCAGGAGCUGUCUGUCACUAAACAAACUCCCACUGUUGUCCACCAGACGCUCCGUUAGCCCUCCUCCUCUCCGUUUUAGGAAAGUGUUUCAUUCUCUAAGCAUCCUUUUGUACCUUGUGGCAUGAUCCAGAAGUUACGUUGUGUAGUGCUUUGUUGAGCUUAUUUGCUGUAGAAAUAUAGAAAAAACACCUCGUGUGAUGGAUGGGUUUCUAUCUAGAUGUCAGCGGUGUCCAGUCGUAUUUUUUAUUUUAUUUUAUUUUACCUUUAUUUAACUAGGCAAGUCAGUUAAGAACAAAUUCUUAUUUUCAAUGACGGCCUAGGAACAGUGGGUUAACUGCCUGUUCAGGGGCAGAACGACAGAUUUGUACCUUGUCAGCUCGGGGAUUUGAACUUGCAAACUUUCGGUUACUAGUCCAACGCUCUAACCACUAGGCUACCCUGCCGCCGUAUCCACACUGAGGGCCAGUGCAUGGCCAGGCUUCAUUCCAUCCAAGCACUAACACACCUGUUUGGACUUCUCAGUGUUUAUGGAAGACUAUGAUUAGUUGAAUCAGGUGUGUUGGUUGAUACAGGAGCCACAACACUGGCCCUCUGUAGAUAAAACGGGACUGCCCUGAUCUAGGGGUUGGAUUGGGUUGUUGUGUGGGACUGGGAUGGGAGGUGUUGAGGAGUAUCUGGGGACUUGUGGGGUGUAGAGGAAUUUUGCCUAUUGCUUGUGUUCAACUAUAAUAGGUAUUUGACUUGCGUAGUGCUAGUUAAUGUGCCAGAUGGUGAAUCCUAUUAUAAUCUAUGGUUUUAUUCCUUCUAUAGCAAGCUAGUUUCAAAGCGAAUUGUCCUGUAAAGGUGAAGCAUUUAGUUUUAAUUAGAUUUGUUUUUUUCUUCUCCUGAUUUGAAUCUGAUCCUCCCCAAAGGCAUGUUGCAUCUCUUUAUCCUUUCUCUUAUGCAAAUGGUCUCUUCUGUCUGCAUUGUCAGUGUGCAAGUGAACUUAUCUAGCCUGGGUGUCUGGCUGUUUCUGCUGUGGCCAACUCCUUUGUUCACUGUUGUGACAUCAUGUUGGGCUAAAGCAGAAACACACUGCCUGGCACCCAGGCUAGGUGAGUACAGCUACAUACCCAGACUGGCAAGCAGUGUUUUGGGUUUUUCAAACUUUGUGAUCUCUAACUCAGCAGCACCACAUUGGGAGUGCUCCAGGAUUCUCAAAUCCUACUAUUGUGUUCAUGGAGAGGUUGGUCAAGGCUCAUCAACCUACACAGGGUGUCCCAUUCAUGCCACAGUACAUGGGCCCAAUCAUAUCCCCAGAUUGGUGUGCUUAAUCCUAUGAUAUUCUAUAGGGCACAUUCUAUAUGAGACUUUCAGAUAGAAAUGUAAUGUGAAUGGGUGUAUGUUCCACACAAUAGAGGAUAUUGUCCAUUCUGUACAUGACAGAUUUACCUAUGAUUUCUAAACAUUGUGCAUCAAUUCAAUAUGCUACUAGUGACAUGUACAGUAACUGAAAAAGGUUGAGGUCCUAAACUUUAGGAGCCGGGUGUAUAUUACUGCCAAAAUAAUGUGGACUCUUUGCUCAAAGCAGAUGUCAUCAUGCUUCAAAACACUGCCGUAAAGCCUGUUACAGGGGGGUGUGCUGGCCUCUUGUCCCAGGUCACAUAAGAUGAGAUGUCAUCUGUAUUUCUUUAAGAAAACUCAUCAUAGCUUCCAUUGGGGACAUCCUAGUCGUACACAUAAGAAUUGAAUCACAAUUUAUUUAAUCCCUUUGUUUUCAUAAUAAUAUAGUUAACAUCAUUUUAAGUAUUAGGGUGCAGGGUGAAGGUACAGAUGACAUGACAGAACAGGCCCCACACCGCAGUACCUACCACAUGAUGGUGAAGCUAUUGUUGAUAUUUGUCUUUUGCCUCCAUUAAACUAAGGACAGGAGAGUUAAUGAGACAGGAAAAUGACAUUUCUUUGAGAAAUAAUAUUGCAUUGAAAAACAUGCACUGUCAGUACUGACAUGGGAAAGCCCCAGCAUUGAGAUGGUUCGAGUUAGCAUUAGCAUCCUAAUACAUUAUGAGUGUAGUUUUAGCAUAAUGCUAACUGUGUCUCAAUAACAUGGGCACCAGACACUGUGGUGUAUUGUAAUGGUUUCCUCAAGAGAACAGCCAUAGUGUGUAACUAUGUUGGCUAUUAGCAAAUUGAGCAUAAUUUGAGGAAAAACAUGUAUUCUACACAUUCAACUUGGCACAAAAGCAGAACAACAAUGAACAUCUGAAGAAAAUACUUAGUCUGCUCUCACUGUUUGAUGAGUUGCAAGCUUGUUGGAAGCAACAAUCAGUGACAGGACGCUUUCCCUAUGGCUAUUUAGCGUCAGGACACAUGAGUCUACAGUAUGUGUUAACUCCCUUUCAAUAAUGAGAUAUAUAUAUAUAUACUGUAUUUGGAACGUUUUUGUUUGAUUUGUUUUAAUCCUUUAAGGAUGUAGAAGACCAGAAAUUCCCAAAUUUUUAAAGGCAAAUAAGUUAAUGAAUUAGUGUGCUUCCCUUGUAACUUUAAUAAAGAAAUAAACAAAAAUAUGAAAACACA